AAAGUAUAAAACUUUAUAACAUUUUAUUAAUUUAAAUAUGCUCAAUACAAUAUUGUACUUCUACAAUUAGAAAUGUGGCCACUUUAGAAAUGUUUAUCAGCAACUUCAUUUUUCUUUUAUUUGCUGAAACUUUGUAUGUCAUGCCACAUUAUUGCAAGAUAUGCAUAUUAAAAUGGUGAGGUUUGUAUGUAUUCUAUCGAUUAAAAAAGUGUCAAAAAAGGUGUCAGUGGAUUUUGUUUGUACUCCUUGAAAAAUGUGAUGGAAUUACCCAUUAGUGUGGGAUAUGAUUAAUUAAAAUUUUCUACAAUUAUAUAGAUACUAAUCCUAAUCCUCUUUCCAUACUCACACAGAAAACACAUGGCCACCCAAGACAACCCACCAAUAAUAAAAGAAUGUAAUAAAAUAUAGUGAUAUAUGAUUUCUCUUCUAUAUAUAGUAAUAAGAAAACCCUUUCACUCCUCACACUGUCCAUAGUCACACGCAUUUUGCAAAAUAAAACAAUAGUCUUAUUUUUCCACUACACAGCCCUAUGGCUAGCCAAGACAACCCACCAGUUAUGGUGUCUAAAAUUGGAAUCAUAGGUGCUGGAGUGAGUGGUUUAGCCGUAGCGAAACAACUAUCGAACUACAACCCUGUUGUUUUUGAAGCCACUGACUCAAUUGGUGGUGUUUGGAGACAUUGUUCCUAUAGGUGUACUAAGCUUCAAUCACAAACAUGGAACUAUGAGUUCAGUGAUUUCCCUUGGCCUAAGAGAGAGAGUUCUGAUUACCCUACCUAUGCUGAGAUUUUGGAAUACUUGCAUACUUAUGCAGUUCAUUUUGAUUUGUUUAAGUAUGUUAAGUUCAAUUCCAAAGUCGUGGAAAUCAAAUUUAUUGGUGAUAAAGAAGGUUUUGAUUUCGGACGACUACAUCGUGACAGUGGAAAUCCACUUUCUGGUCGUCCUAUGUGGGAGUUCUCUGUUCAGAGUAAUGAAUCAGACACGAUUCAGCUGUACCACUUCGAGUUUGUAGUGAUUUGCACUGGAAAAUAUGGUGACAUACCAUUGAUGCCAACAUUUCCACGGAACAAGGGACCUGAGGUGUUCAAUGGAAAGGUUCUGCAUAGCAUUGAUUAUUGUAAACUUGACAAAGAAGCUACCAGUGACCUUGUUAAAGGAAAAAAGGUUGUUGUCGUUGGUUACAAAAAAUCAGCUAUUGAUCUAGCUCUCGAGUGUGCACAGGCAAACCAAGGACCUGAAGGGCAACCAUGCACAAUAAUAAUAAGGAGUUUGCAUUGGACACUUCCCCAUUAUCAGAUGUGGGGAGUACCAUUUUUCUUGUUCUAUGCAACAAGAUCUGCACAGUUCCUUCAUCAAACACCAAAUCAGGGUUUACUCAAAUCCCUUUUAUGCCUCCUAUUAUCUCCAAUGAGGCGUGGGAUUUCAAAAUUCAUAGAGUCCUACUUACUUUGGAAACAGCCAAUGGAGAAGUAUGGACUGAAACCAGAUCACCCUUUUGAGGAAGAUUUUGCAUCUUGUCAAAUAGCUAUAACACCAGAAAGUUUUUUCCAUGAAGCUGACAAAGGAAAAAUCAUCUUCAAAAGAGCAUCAAAGUGGUGGUUUUCAAAUGAUGGGGUUGAAUUUGAUGACAACACUAAAACAGAGGCUGAUGUAGUUAUUUUGGCAACUGGUUAUGAUGGGAAAAAGAAACUUCAAGCCAUUUUGCCAGAACCUUUCAGUAGCUUAUUGGAAUACCCUUCUGGUAUGAUGUCAUUGUACAGGGGAACAGUUCAUCCAUUGAUUCCAAACAUGGCCUUUGUGGGUUAUGUUGAGAGUGUUUCGAAUCUAUACACCUCCGAGAUACGUUCCAUGUGGCUAUCUGGACUACUAGCUAACAAAUUUAAGCUCCCAACUGCUGAUAAGAUGCUUUCACAGACAAUUAAGGACAUGGAGACAAUGAAAAAUUCUACAAGGUUUUAUAAAAGAAACUGCAUCACAACAUUUGGUAUCAACCACAAUGAUGAAAUUUGCGAAGAUUUGGGUUGGAAUACUUGGAGGAAGAAGAGUUUGAUUAAAGAGGCAUUCACUCCUUACACUGCUUUUGACUAUAAGAAGGAAGAUUGAGAUUUUUAUAUGGUUCUUAACCAUAUCCCAUUCCUAUAUAUUUACUGAUGCAUUAAUAUUAUGAUUUCGUUUAAGCAUAAUAAGUGUAUGUGCUCUGACCGUGAUAUUUAAGCCGUGUAUUUGGUGCUUUUUAAAAUGAAUAAUUGAUGUACUUGUUUUUCAUAAGAUUCAAGUGCAUUUUUAGAGGGUAA